AUGACAGACGACCAAAACCCCGAGUCGGUUGAAUUGUCGCCUGUUCAGCCUCCACAGACAACAAAUAUUCCUCGGCGCAAACCUGUACCCGCCACAAACAGAGUGUCCCGUGUCGAACGGACCACCACUACCACUACUACCACUGGAGACGAACAAACCCAUGAACUACAAUCGCAAAGUAUAGCUUCAGACCCAGAUAAGGAUUUGGCAGUUGAGUCGCAGACAGUCAACAGUGGCUCCCGCCGAAGAUGGUUUAUAUUGUUUGCUUGGUGUUUGGCUGUCAUUGAUCGGGUGCGUCUUGGCCCCUUGGAAAAGUACUUGCCUUCAGAUCAACGAAAGCGUCGGUAUGUAAUUGCUGGAAUAAUCGCUGGGACGAUAAUAGCCUUGUUGGCGAUUAUUAUUGGGGUUACUGUCAGCGUCUUGACAAAUUCAGACCAAAAUCUCCCUUUACCAACUUCACAUGGAGGCCCAUAUAGUGGUGAUCUUACCUAUUACGGCCCUGCUCUAGGGGCAUGUGGUAUUACCUCCUCAGACUCAGACAGUAUCUGCGCUGUAUCACACAUCAUCUUCGACGCUGUACAAACCGGGUCAAAUCCCAAUGCAAAUCCACUAUGUGGAUUGAAAAUGCGGCUUCGAAGAAAUGAGCACAGCGUUGAUGUUACUGUAGUCGACCGCUGUGUUGGUUGCAAAGCCACUGAUAUUGAUACCACGACCUCGGUGUUUGGGAAAUUGGCUGAUAUUGAUCAGGGGCGUGUGAAUGUUGAAUGGGCUUGGUUGGAAAGUUCACCUGUGAAUGUUUCAAGCAUUGCCUAA